AUGUCUAUUUAUUUGGAUAUAAUAGAUCAAGUGGAUUCAUUUAAAAAUGCUAGUUCAUAUUAUAGAUUAUUAGAUCAUAAAGGAAAAACAGAAUUAGGUUAUAUAACUCCAGAAAUUGCAAACCUAUUUAAAUCUGAGUCGGAGUUUUCAAUAAAACAUAAAUACAUAAAAAUUUCUUCAAAAUAUGAUACAUUUGAGAAAAGAAAUGAAUUGUUUGCAGAAAUAGCCAAUAGAUGGAGAAAAAAACCAGAAUUAGAUGAAUUAUUAAACAAAGGUUGGAGAGAUGAAUUAUACAUUAUUUAUAAUCCAUCUACAAAACCAUAUAUGUUGAUUGAAAGAGCAUUUAGUGUACUUUUAGGAGUUGUAACAUAUGGAGUUCAUAUUAAUGGUUAUAUACCAGCUGAAUUAUCAUCUAAUGGUAAAAUAAAGAUGUGGAUUCCAAAAAGAUCAAUGACUAAACCAACAUAUCCAGGAAUGUUGGAUAAUACAGUAGCAGGAGGAUUAGGAUAUCCUUAUGGAUUAGAAACAACAGUAAUAAAAGAAUGUUUUGAAGAAGCUGGAUUAGAAGAAGAUUUUGUUAAAAAGAAUAUAAAAAAUGUUGGAGUUGUAUCAUAUAUGUAUUUAACUUCAGAUAAAAGAGUACAACCAGAAGUUGAAUAUAUUUAUGAUUUAAAAUUUGAAGAAAAAGAUUCAAAUUUAAUAAAACCUCAAGAUGGAGAAGCAGAAGAUUAUCAAUUAUUAGAAAUUGAUGAAAUUAUAAAUAAUUUAAAAAAUAAAAAAUUUAAACCAAAUUGUGGAUUAAUUAUAAUUGAUUUUUUAAUAAGACAUGGUAUAAUUAAUGCUGAAAAUGAAUCAAAUUAUUUAGAAAUUGUAAAUAGAUGUCAUGUUAAAUUACCAUUUCCAACAAGAUAA